GCUUACAUAAUAGAUUGUGUUAUUCCAUGGAGAUCACUCGCCAUUAUUUCCGCUUAUCCAUCUUCUUCUUGCUUACAAUCUUCUUCUUGCACCCUCUAAUGGUUUGCUUAACCAUUAAUGCCCAUACCAACAUUACAACCGACAAAUAUGCCCUUCUUUCUCUAAAAUCAAAAUUUUAUCUUGAUUCUCAUAGCAUUUUAGCUAGCAACUGGUCUGUUAACAGCACAUCUCCUUGUAAUUGGGUUGGAGUCACUUGUGGCUCUCGUCACAAUAGAGUCACCGUUUUGGAUCUUUCCAACAUGAGUCUUGUUGGAGAAUUAACUCCACACUUAGGAAACCUCUCAUUUCUUGUUUCGCUUAACUUGAGUCAAAACAACUUUCAUAAUUCUUUCCCUCGAGAACUUACUCAAUUGAGACGACUUAAAGUUUUCAAUUGUAGCAUCAAUGACUUUAGUGGAAAUAUUCCAUCUUGGCUUGGUCUCUUACCCAACCUCAGAUUUCUGUAUUUGCAAAAUAAUAACAUUAGUGGUUUUCUUUCCACGUCCCUUUUUAACCUUUCAAAACUUGAGGUCUUAAAUUUAGCAGAUAAUUCUUUGGAAGGAAGGGUUCCGUCAGAAAUUGGCAAUCUUCUUAAACUAAAGUGGUUAAACUUGAACUAUAAUUAUUUUAGUGGGUCUUUUCCUUUGGGAAUCUUAAAUUUUUCGAUGUUGGAAACUCUAUCUCUUUCCGCUAAUAGCUUAUCCGGUGAUCUUCCUAUUGAUCUUGGAAGUUUUCUUCCUAGGCUCCAAAACUUUGAAAUUUCCAGGAACAAAUUUGGUGGUGAAAUUCCAUCAGGUUUAUCAAAAUGCGCAUUGCUUCAAACUAUGUAUCUAUAUUACAACAAUUUUAGCGGACAUAUACCAAAAGAAUUUGGAAAUUUAACAAAGCUCGAGGAACUAUAUCUUGAUGGCAACCAGUUAACAGGUGCUAUUCCAAAGGAGAUAUGCGCAUUGUCAUCAUUGAGUGAACUUGAUUUAUCUAAGAACAGACUUUAUGGAACUAUACCGAAGGAAAUUGGGAACUUAAGCGCACUUGAGAUCCUAUAUAUUGGACACAACAACUUUGGAGGAGCUUUACCAAUGGAAAUUGGGAACUUAACCGCACUCGACGUCCUUUAUGUUGAAAACAACAACUUAGAAGGAGUUAUACCGAAAGAAUUUGGGAAUUUAAUCACACUCGAGUUCCUAUCUAUGGGAUACAACAACUUUGGAGGUGCUUUUCCAAUGGUGAUAUGCAGUUUGCCAUCCUUACUUUAUCUGUAUUUGUAUAACAACUUAUUUACGGGAGCUAUACCAAAGGAAAUUGGAAAUCUAACCACACUUGAGCUCAUAUCUAUUGGAUCCAACAACUUUGGAGGUGUAAUACCACAAGAGUUGGGAAAACUUCAUAUGCUGAAGGACAUAGCUAUGACAUACAUUAAUGUAAAUGGCACCAUACCAGAGGGAAUCUUCAACAUUUCUUCAUUGAAAUUUAUUGCAUUUUCAGGCAAUAACCUUGUGGGCAGACUUCCUACAGGAAUUGGUUAUGGUCUAAAGUAUCUAGAAGAAUUCUAUUUGAUUAGCAAUUUUCUCUCUGGAGUGAUACCAGAUUCUAUCUCAAAUUGUUCAGGGCUUUCUAUCAUAUCCUUUUCUGAUAACCAAUUCAGCGGCGCAUUACCUACAUUUCUUGGCAAUCUAAGGCUACUGGAGAGACUAUAUCUAGAUGGUAACACUCUCACUAACAGUGCUGCAUCAAGAGAGUUAAGUAUCAUCAAUUCUUUGGCACAGUGCAAUUAUUUAAGAGAAGUGGACUUAGAUGAUAACCCACUACAUGCUACCCUUCCUGCAUUAUCAUCAGUUGGGAAUCUCUCUACAUCUCUUGAAGUUUUCUCUGUGGCAGGUUGUGGGUUAAAGGGAAUCAUCCCAAAUCAAUUUGGCAACUUAAGUAGGGUGAUUUAUUUGAGUUUGCAAAGGAAUAGCUUUACCGGGUUUAUUCCACAAGUGUUGGGUAGGGUGCAUAUGGUACAAGGGUUGUAUCUUGAUAACAACAAAUUGAGUGGUCCCAUUCCUCAUACCCUCUGUGGACUCCAAUAUUUGUAUCAAUUAGGUUUAAGCAGUAAUCAAUUGUCUGGAAGUUUACCCAAAUGCUUUGGUAAUAGCACUUCCUUGAGAAAUCUCUAUCUAGAUUCAAACCGUUUGUCUUCUGAAAUACCUUCAAGUUUGUGUUCUCUCAGAGAUCUAUUGGAGCUUGAUUUGAGUUUUAAUUUAUUGGAAGGAUUUCUACCCAUUGCAGUUGAAGGUUUUAAGGCACUCUACUCUCUUGACUUGUCUUACAAUGAGAUCUCCGGAAAAAUCCCAGUCACGAUUGGACAAUUGCAAAAUAUGAAACAUCUUUCCCUUGCACACAAUAGACUAGAAGGUCAUAUUGUAGAGAAAAUAAGUCAAAUGGUUUCUUUGGAAUUCUUGGACUUAUCUCUAAACAAACUCUCUGGUUCAAUUCCAAUGUCUUUGGAAGGACUUGAAUAUCUCAAAUACUUCAAUGUCUCAUUCAAUGAAUUGAGUGGUGAAAUUCCAUCAGGUGGUUGUUUCAAAAACUUCACAAGUGCUUCAUUUAUGUUUAAUGAAGGGUUAUGUGGAAUUCCCAAAUUUAAUGUCUCAGCUUGCCAUUCUGCCCACCAUUCAAGAAUUAGAAAAGGACUUCUUGUUUCACUUACAUCUUUAGGAGCUGCACUAAUAGUUACUCUUGUAAUUAUUGCACUUAUAAUUGCAAGGAAACCAAAGAAAUCUGAAGUCCCAAGUGUGAUGGAUAUCCGCAUUCCAUUGGCAGAAAUAAGGGUUUCUUAUUAUGAACUUUCUAGAGCUACUUGCGGAUUUAGCCAAAGUAACCUCAUAGGUUCGGGGAGUUUUGGCACAGUAUAUAAAGGGAUUUUGGAUGAUGGAAUGCCGGUAGCUGUAAAGGUAUUUAAUCAUUCAGAGGAUGCACUUAAGAGUUUCGAUGUUGAGUGUGACGUACUAAAGAAUUUACGUCAUCGAAAUCUCACUAAGGUGAUUACUGGGUGCUUCACUGACAACUUUAAGGCCUUGGUCCUUGAAUACUUUUCAAAUGGAAGCUUUGAUCAAUGGUUACAUUCAAAAAGUGACUCAUUAGAUUUUGUUCAAAGGUUGAAUAUAUUAAUUGAUGUUGCAUUUGCCUUAGAGUAUCUUCAUCAUGGUUACCCUACACCAGUGGUUCAUUGUGAUUUAAAGCCUGCAAAUGUGCUAUUAGAUGAGGAAAUGAUUGCUCAUGUAAGUGAUUUUAGUGUGACAAAGUUGUUAACUAAGGAGGAGAGCUUCACGCAAACAGAAACUCUAGCAACAUUGGGUUAUAUGGCACCAGAGUAUGGAUCAACGGGAAUGGUAUCAACACAAUGUGACACUUACAGUUUUGGGAUUAUGAUAAUGGAAACAUUCUCGAAUAAAAAACCCACAGAUGAAAGUUUCAAUGAGUAUAUGAGCUUGAGAAGUUGGAUAAGUGAUUCUUUACCAAAUCAAAUACUCCAAGUUGUGGAUCCCAACUUAUUGAGGGUAGAGGAUAGAGACUUCACUGCAAAAUUGCAGUGUGUAUCCUCUAUAUUGGAAUUGGCAUUACAAUGUGCUAUGGAAUCUCCUGAAAUGCGGUUGAAUAUGAAAGAUGUUGUUGCAAGACUGAAUAAAAUCAAGCUUCAGUUUCUAAGAGGUGACGAUCAUAAAGCAUAAAGUUAAAGGAAGAAGUGAAGAGACCCCAUUAAUGGAUUCUUUGCAAUAGAGACGACAUUGACUAGAGUUUGAGGUAAUCGUGACACUCGUAGAAUUUGAGUUAUUUUCGUAGAAUUUGAGUUAUUUUCUUUGAAAUGUGUUUCUUUUUAUCUUUUUGUAAUCUUUUUAGUGGGUGUUGAAUGUUUAAAUAUCCAUUGUUAUAAGAGAUGAUUUGUCAUGUCCAUUGCAUAUUAUUCCCGGCCUCUAUUUGUCAUAGCUCUGCCGUAGAAUGUCUUUGCUGUAUAUACUCUUGUUUGUUGCCUUUCAUGUGUCAUGUGUGUUCUGAAGAAAAAAAAUACUAUAUCAUAUAUGUCUACUUGUUGCUUUCUGCGUUAUGUUUGCGAGCUUUAAUAACCUUUUAUAUUAAAGUACGCGAAAUUGCAUGUUUUAGUUUUGAGUUGAUAUUUGACAUUCUGUCCCCAAAAUGUUGCUUAAGGACUCCCUACAUCCUGGGUCGAGCUUUAAUAACCUUGUAUAUUAAAGUACAUGAAAUUACAUGUUUUUUUAUUUUUGACAUUCUGGCACCAAAAUGUUGCUCAAGGACUCCCUAUAUCCCGGACCGACAGAACAGUUGGGAGGAUAUAAGGCAUCGAUAAUUUAGUGGCUCAGAUAGGGUCAAGUGUCGAGGACCAAGUGCCGGUGCGUACAAAGAUCUGCCCACGUUGACACUGCCGCUGCUGAAUUUUGACCCUUUUUGUUUCUCCGUCCGUUACAAAGAUCUGCCCACUUUGACACUGCCGCUGCUGAAUUUUGACCCUUUUUGUUUCUCCGUCCGUUUAACUGUCUGGGUCCACCCGACUAAUCCCUGCUCACUCCGAGAGGCACGGGAGCUGGCCCAUAGAGAAUCGUCACUUGUGAAAAUCGAACUCAAGUUCUCCCGAAAUUCUUCCCUACAAAGAGAGGUCACUUGCCGCUUGAACUACCCAUUGGAUUUAAGAUUUUCACUUUUGAUCUCUUAAUUAUUGGUCAUUAUUCAAUUUGGUUUCGUAUUUUCAAUUUACAAUUAACAUGGUUCCUCAAUUAUUUAUCGUGUUGGAAAUAUACUGAUCUCUUAAUUAUUGGUCAUUAUUCAA